AUGCAGCAUUUGCGCGUCCAGGCGCGAGUCGGGCCCAUCAUCGAAGCGGGUGAGGCAGCGAUGUGCGCGAUCAUCGAUCUUGAGGUGCUCUACUCAACCCGCAAUCAGGACGAGCACGCGCGCACUCGUGCCAGGAGGGAACUCGCGUAUCGGCGCGUCGCAUUGACGGAGGCGAUCUUCCGGCGGGCGAUCGAUGUCCAGGGAAUGCUCGCCGGCCGAGGGCGGCACCGCCUGCCGAUACCGGACCUGAUCAUUGCGGCCGCGGCCGAGGCGGCGGGCAUGACGGUACUCCACUACGACGCAGACUUCGACGCUAUCUCGGCCGUCACGAGCCAGCCCAUGGAGUGGGUGGUGCGGCGAGGUUCGCUCUGA